CCAACACGGCUUCAUUCAUAAACAACAAACUGAUGAUGUUUUUGCAUUCAUUUGUCUUGAAGCACAACUGGCUGCAGUAAACUCACUGUGAUCAACUCAGAAGUUGAAGUUGUCUUCCUAACUCUGGACUUGGAAUUUGAUGUCCUACCUUGAGGAGUUAAACCACCUCAAUAAGAUGACUUUAAGAAUGAGGGAAUGGCGAAAACGCAAAAGAGACCUCAGUCUACUUCUUCGCUAUUCUGAGUGCAAGAACCUGUCAACUCCCAGGUCUCGACAUACGGUACACAGCUUUGCCAGUGAAGAAAUUAAAGAUGGCUAUCGCAACAGGUCACGCAGUGGAUGCAGCAUCAGGUCCAGACUCCGCGAUGACUUCUACAGGUCCAGGUCCGGAGAUCACGCCUCGUGGUUCUUGUCCAGUUCCUGGGAUCAUGCCUCCAGGUCUGUGUCCAGGUCCAGGGAUCACACCUCCAGGUCUGUGUCCAGGUCCAGAGAUCACAUCUCCAGAUCUGUGUCCAGGUCCAGGGAUCACACCUCCAGGUCUGUGUCCAGGUCCAGAGAUCACGUCUCCAGAUCUGUGUCCAGGUCCAGGGAUCACGCCUCCAGGUCUGUGUCCAGGUCCAGAGAUCACGCCUCUAGGUCUGUGUCCAGGUCCAGGGAUCACGCCUCCAGGUCUGUGUCCAGGUCCAGAGAUCAUGCCUCCAGGUCUGUGUCCAGGUCCAGAGAUCACGCCUCCAGGUCUGUGUCCAGGUCCAGGGAUCAUGCCUCCAGGUCUGUGUCCAGGUCCAGAGAUCACGCCUCCAGGUCUGUGUCCAGGUCCAGAGAUCACGCCUCCAGGUCUGUGUCCAUGUUCAGGGAUCACGCCUCCAGGUCUGUGUCCAGAUCCAGAGAUCAUGCCUCCAGGUCUGUGUCCAGGUCCAGAGAUCACAGCCCCAGGUCUGUGUCCAGGUCCAGAGAUCACAGCCCCAGGUCCGUGUCCAGAUCCAGAGAUCACGCCUCCAGGUCUGUGUCCAGGUCCCGAGAUCACAGCCCAAGGUCCUUGUCCAGUUCCCGGGAUCACGCCUCCUGGUUCUUGUCCAGUUCCUGGGAUCACYCCUCCAGACCCAGGCCCCAGGAUGGCCCUUCCAGGUCCAGGCCCCAGUAUCAUGCUUCCAGGUCUACGUCCUGGGAUCACAUCUCCAGGUCCAUGUCCAGGCCCCAGGAUCACUGCUCCAGGUCCAGGCCCCAGGAUGGCCCUUCCAAGUCCAAGUCCCGGGAUCAUGCUUCUAGGUCCAGGUCCCGGGAUCACACUUCCAGGUCCAGGUCCCAUGGUCACGCCUCCAGGUCUGGGUUUAGGAGCAACGACUACACCUCCAGAUCAGAUACUAGAAGUUGGGUGCUACCAUUGCCUGAUGAUGUGUUCCAGCACAUGGUUUUAAACCUGUUAAUUGACAUCAGAAGUAACCUGAAACACAUACAGCCCCCCUCUUCAGCUGUACACAUAGAGAGGAUGGAGACGAUGGAGGAUUUUGACAGGGAGGAAGAGCGCCUCUGUAACUCUCAAACAUUUGAUACCCUGGUUCUGCAAAUAUCCAGAAUUGGAGGAAGGAACACUAAAGACUUUGUCCACAAAGUUCUUGACAGGCUUUUCACCAACACUUUGAUGGCCAAAUUCAAUAUGAAGGGGAGGGGGAAACAAGGAAAAAGACCUUUGGAAAUGACAAAGGUGUAUAAUGCAAUAAAAGAAGGAAUCAUGAAUGGUGAUGUGGCAGCAACAGAGGAUUUUAUAAGGGCCCAUGCUGCAGAGCAUUUAAAACAUGCACCACAAAGGAGUGGAGGGCAUGGACAGUAGAACUGAGAAACAACUUGUUUGGUCUUUGUUGUGAGAGGGCUGUGUAACUAUAUUUUUUGUGUAUUUUGUAAGCAUUUUUUGUAUUACUGCCUGUAUAAUUAUUUUAGAUGGGGUUUUUUUGUACAUUUGAUGUUUGUGUAUUUGUGCAUAUUUUUUGCUUUGCUGCCAGCUGAUAGGACACCGCUUCCACUGGAAAUAAUAGCAGUAAAGCAUGUUUUUUUCUUUU